AUGACGUCAUUAUUAGCUACACAAAAACCUCAUUGGACACCUGGAACAGCUCAUGGAUAUCAUGGUCAUACAAUAGGAUAUGCUGGUGGUGAAUUAGUUCGUCGUGCUGAUCCUCAUCAUCGUACGUAUGGUCAAUUUGUCCGUGAUGAAUUAGAUAGUGAAUUUUAUGUGGGUAUACCUAAUGAUGAAGUUGAAGCACGUAUUUCUCCUGUCACUCGUAAACAAGUUGAUACAAGUAAUGCACGUCUAAUAGAUUCACAAACUGAGAAAUCAUUAUCAUGUAGUGGUGCUUUUCCUUUGGGAAGAUCAUUAAUGAUAUUUAAUGGAACUCGACUUCAUCAAGCGGAAAUGCCUUCUGUGAAUGGAAUUACAAAUGCUCGAUCUUUAGCUCGUAUUUAUUCUUUACUUAUCGGCGAUAUCAAUGAAAAUGGGAAGAAACAAAAGCGUCUUUUAAGUGAAAAAACUCUCAUAGAAGCAACUAAAAAUAUAACUCCAACAGGCGAACCUGAUCAAAAUUGGUAUAAUAUGCCAACAACUUUUGGAAAGGGUGGAUUUCAAUUAUAUAAUGAUUAUUUUAAUGUAUUUGGCGAUGGUGUCUUUGGUCAUUCUGGUUAUGGUGGUAGUUGUGCGUUUGCAUUUCCUCCACAUAAAUUGGCUUAUGCAUAUGUUUGCAAUCAACUUGAUCCUGUUGCUUUUACUAUCGAUCCACGCAGUGUUCGUGUUAUUCAAGCAAUUGAAAAUAUUCUCAUUGGUGAAAACAAAUAA